AUGGGAAGUGGUAGCACUUACGUGACAGUGGCAGUGUUGGUGGUUGCAGGAUGUUUAAUGUGUAACACAAAAGAGGUUUCAGCACAAUGUGGAGUAAGUGUGAAUGAUCUUGUAUCGCAGUGUUCAAAGUAUGUGCAGAAAACGGGACCAAUGAUAAAACCUUCAGCAGCAUGCUGUGCAGUUGUGAGAAAAAUUGAUGUGCCAUGCGCAUGCAAACUCAUCACCAAAGAAGUUGCAAGCCUUAUCAGUAUUCCAAAGUCUGUCUUUGUUGGACGCUCCUGUGGUUUGAACCUUCCCCCAGGAAUGCAAUGUGGAGCUAUUAAAAUCCCUCCGAGUGCCAAAUGA